CCGCCAUACCCUCACAAAGCGAGAACCUAAUUUCCCAACAUGCUUCACGCGCUGUAGUCUCUGAGUGGCGGUAGAAAGUGGCAUGGUGGGAGUUGUAGUCUAUCAAAACUAUACACUAUUGUCUUUUCUCUGUGCCGCAAGCCACGCCAGUUUGUCGGACUAGCCGAGGGCCGGUGAUAGACAGCUCUUUUUGACCAGUGGCGGAUGAGGCUGUCGCUGAGGCGGGCAUGCAGGUCGGCGGGCAUCACCCUAGUAACCGUGUCGGGGCGAGGGUUGACUGCUUUGAAGAAGACCUACUUGUGUGGUCUCCCAGCCCCGCGGCGAGAGAGCGGGGAGCGCGAAGAGGACCUCACCGGAUAACAGAACGAAAAUUCCUUCCUGGCAUCCCAUGAAACAUUAGCACUGGAUUGCAUAGACUUUCUUUUCCAACAAAUACCAGCAUGUAUAGACCAGGAGAGAAAGUGAAACGUCGGAUGCGUAUUCAUGGUUCCAGCAUAAGAAGUGUUGAAGUUGCUAGAGGGAGAGCAGGGUAUGGGUUUACUCUUUCUGGUCAGGCUCCUUGUAUUCUUAGUUGUGUUUUAAAAGGUAGCCCUGCUGAUCAUGUGGGACUUAAAGCAGGAGAUAAAAUAUUUGCAAUAAAUGAAAUCAGUGUGAAAAAGGCAUCCCAUGAAGAUGUGGUGAAGCUAAUUGGCAAAUGCUCUGGGGUUUUGCAUAUGGUCAUUGCUGAAGGGGUUGGCCACAUAGACUCUUGUUCAAGCGAUGAAGAAGUUGGGUUUUAUGAUGGGAAGGGGUGGCUAAAGCCAAAGCCUGACUCAAAAGGAUUGGGUAUAAACAGAGCAGAGAAGGUUGUGGAAGAAAUGCAAUCUGGUGGAAUUUUCAACAUGAUCUUUGAAAAUCCUAACACUUCUGCUGGUACUAUGCAGACCUCAAUAAGAAAGCAAAUGCUGGUUCAUGAAACUGCUCCUGUUAAACUAGAAAUAGGACAUGAAAAUAUAAAUAAUAACCCUAAUAUUCUCAGUAAUGAGGAACUGCCAAAAGUCUUGAAUGAUGUCUCAAUUUUUAGAAUUGGAGUGGAAAACCAGGAAUAUUUUGGAUUAGAUGCAAGCAUUUUAAAUGUGGCAAUGGUUGUAGGCUACCUAGGAUCAAUUGAACUUCCAUCCUCAAGUUCAAAUCUGGAAUAUGAUAGUUUGCAGGCUAUUCGUGGAUGCCUGCGACGUCUUCGGGCAGAACAAAAAAUCCAUUCACUGGUUAUAAUGAAGAUUAUGCACGACUCUAUUCAACUCUGCAAUAAUAAAUCUGGUGUGAUUGCAGAAUAUCCUGCGGAGAAGCUAGCAUUUAGUGCUGUAUGCCCUGAUGACAGAAGAUUCUUUGGACUAGUUACCAUGCAAACCGUUGAUGACGCAAGUUUGACUCAGGAAGAUGAAGCAGUUUUAAGGACAUCGUGCCAUGUGUUUAUGGUGGAUCCAGAACUAUUUCAUCAUAAAAUCCACCAGGGCAUUGCACGGCGUUUUGGUUUGGAAUGCACAGCAGAUCCGGACACUAAUGGCUGUCUAGAAUUUCCAGUGUCAUCUCUCCCUGUUCUUCAGUUUGUCUCUGUUUUGUACAGGGAUAUGGGGGAAUUGAUUGAGGGAGUUCGGACAAGGGCCUUUCUUGAUGGCGAUGCAGAUGUUCAUCAAAAUAACAGCAUGAGCAGUAAUAGUGAUAGUGGUAUUGGAAAUUUUAACCAAGAAGAGAAAAAUAAUAGAGUAUUGGUAGUUGAGCUAGGAGCGAACUCAAGUAAACAUGCUCUUAGUGGUAUACAAGACAAUCCAAUAGGUAGAGGUCAGGCUGUUUCCCAUUGGACAUUCAGUCAUGAACAAGAAGGAAACUCUGCAUUAGAAGUAAUGUUUCAGAAUGAUAAAUCACAAAAUCAAAGUAAAUUCCUAGCUCCUUCAGCUCGCAUUGAAGUUCCACUAGUUCCUUCACAAAACUCAAUUACAUCAUGCAAGAAAAAUUCUAUGAACAUUUCCAAUCAAAGAUGGUUGCCAGUUCAUGUGUUAAAAGACUGGCAACCUGGAUGUGUAAGUGACCAAGAGUCAUACACAGAUUCUACAGAUGGCUGGUCCAGUGUUAAUUGUGGUACUCUUCCACCUCCAAUGAGUAAGAUUCCUGCUGACAGAUACCGAGUUAAUGGCAGCUUUGGGCAGCCUCAUCUAAUGUCUCAAAAGAAUGAAAUGUCAAAAAAUGGGCUUCAUAUACAAAACACAUUUGACUCUCAACACAGUGUCAGAAAGGCCAAAGAACAUAAAAAGUGUGCAAAGUUUGGACCUACUUCUGGAUUAGUACAGCUUCCUCAGCGUUCUUCUGGUCGAAGAUCAUUUGGACGGUCGAAGAGAUUCAGCAUUACUCGCUCACUUGAUGAUCUUGAGUGUGCAGCUGUGUCUGAUGGAGAGCUAAAUAACACAGAUUUGAAAGAUUGUGUCAGUGAUAAUAGCCUCAGCAGUAAUGCUAGCCUCCCAAGUGUCCAGAGCUGCCGACGACAUCAAGAAAGGAGAGUUGCAAGUUGGGCUGUUUCAUUUGAACGGCUUCUGCAGGAUCCAAUUGGCGUUAGAUAUUUCUCUGAAUUUUUACGGAAGGAAUUUAGUGAAGAAAAUAUUUUAUUCUGGCAGGCUUGUGAAUAUUUUAACCACAUAUCUGUUCAUGACAAGAAAGAGCUUUCUUUCAGAGCUCGGGAGAUCUUUAAUAAGUUUUUAUGUAGCAAAGCUACAACCCCGGUUAAUAUUGAUAGCCAAGCACAGUUGGCAGAUGAUGUUCUCAAUGCACCACAUCCAGAUAUGUUCAAGGAUCAACAGCUUCAGAUUUUCAACUUGAUGAAGUUUGACAGUUAUACACGUUUCCUGAAAUCUCCACUUUACCAAGAAUGUAUUUUGGCAGAAGUGGAAGGUCGGCCUGUUCCUGAUCCACAAUAUGUUCCCAGCAGCCCUACUUCUAAACACAGUUUUGGUUCUGAACGGUCAACACCAAAAAAGUUAAGUGGAAAAUCUAAGUCUGGACGAUCCUUAAAUGAAGAAUCUGGAGAGGAAGACGUUGAAAAAAAGAAAAAAGGAACAUUUUUUUCCUGGUCUAGAAGCAAGAGUUUGGGAAGAUCACAGAAGAAAAAGGAGAAUGGUGAUUGUUCCAAAGAUUUCCCCACAGAUUCCUCUCAAACCAAUGGAUUGUCCUACAGACAUGAAUCUCAAGACUCAUUGUCAUCAGCUGCAAGUCUUGAAAUGCUUGACUCCUAUAGGGCAUCUACAUCUGUAACUGAGAAAGAAAAGUCUUCUAAAAGCUGCCAUAUAAAUCUUCCAGAUGGCUCAUCAUAUACAAUGACCAUUAGAGCUGGAUUCUCAAUCAAAGAGAUGUUAUCUGGAUUCUGUGAGAAACAAGGCAUUAACAUAGCUGCAGUCGAUCUGUUUUUAAUUGGUGGAGACAAGCCACUUGUAUUGCAUCAGGACAGCAGCAUUUUGGAUUCUCGAGCUCUUCGUUUAGAAAAGAGAACUUUAUUUCGGCUGGAUCUCAUUCCUAUCAAUAGAUCUGUUGGCUUAAAAGCUAAACCUACCAAACCAGUAACAGAAGUCCUUCGACCAGUGGUUGCAAAAUACGGUUUAAACCUUAAUAAUCUUGUGGCAAGGCUGAAUGGUGAGCAGGAGCCAUUAGAUCUUGGUGUUCCCAUCUCUAAUCUGGAUGGGCAACGGGUUAUUCUAGAUGAAAAGCUUCCAAAAAAGGGAAAAGACCAGGGAAAGGGGGCAUCAUUAAAACACAGUACAGCUAUAACUUCUAAUGCAAGAAAUCAAGCACCUACAGGAGAGGGAAGAACUCUAGGAAAGUCUAAUUCUAUUAUAAUAAAAGGAGAAAGUGGAAAAAACUCUAGGGAUGUCCAUCUAGCAAAAAGAGAAGAAUGUAUUGCACAGACGGGGGCAAAAAAAUGUCAGAAAAUUAAUUUGGACGAAGCAGAGGAAUUUUUUGAACUCAUAUCCAAAGUGCAAAGUAACAGAGUAGAUGACCAACGGGGGCUGCUGAGAAAGGAAGACCUGGUUUUGCCUGAAUUUCUUCAUUUGCCUUCUUAUGGGACCAAAUCUUCUUCAUCUAUCCCAGAAGGGUCCAGAGGCUGCAGCAAGAGAACUGCAUAUCUUGAUGUCAAGGACAAAUGCACACAGCUAAGUGGCAAAGUGAACUUCAUGAGCAACUGUAGUGAAAGUUCAACAAUGAAAACUGAUCUUUCAGACAGUAAACAGAAAUCAUCUGUGCUGGCAACUGGCUCCAGCCAGAAGGCUAGCAGUGUUCCUUUUGGUGCCCCGCUGUCGCCAAUUCCACUUUUACAAGAUGCCACCAUAUGGAAAAGGCAAUCAAAAGAGCUACAGGGCGAAAGUAUACAAACUAUUGAGGAGGACAAUAUAGCAGACUUGACUCUGGUGGCUGAGGGAGACAUUAAUAGCCCCAACAGUAGGUUACUGCCAUCACCACUCUCUUCUUCAGACAAAAGCACUCUUGCAGAAGCCAAGUAUCCACCUCCAGUUUCACUAACAGAUAAUCAGGAAAAAACUACUUAUGAGAAAUCCAUAUCAGGUGUGAGCCACAGAAAGAAAAAAGAUGUGCAAGCAGCUGGAGGAAACCUGUUUGAACAAAGUUCUAAAAAAACUAGUCACAAAUUUAACUCUGGUGAAGUUAGGGGGGAAACAUUCAGAAAUGAACUCCCUAUAAAUCGUGUAAUAGAUGUGGAUGGAGUUGCACCAGAAGACAGCCUGGAAUGGUCUUGUAGUGAAUCAGAAGGGAACCUCAGUUUUGAAGGCUGUAUCUCAGAGUUAAAAUCUUGCAGAGGGAGGAUGCGAACAGGUGUUUACAGGACAUCAGAUCUUCCAUCUCUUAUUGUUGUUAAGAGUGAGAACAAUAAGGACAAUAAGAUUCAAUUUAAAGCAACAUUUGUAUGACAUUGUUAUAUCCAUGGUUCCAGAAGCUUCUUCCUCCCAGGUCAUUAAUAAGCAUUAGUGCAUUUGUCAGAUUCAUUGCAUCAAGAUGCUAAGAGACUUCAACUUAUGCUCCUUAUUGCCUUUGGACCAUAAGCACAAUUUGCACAGUUCACUUUUACUGAGAGACAGGGAAACCGAUUGACAGCACUUGGGAAAAUCCCAUGGAAAAAUCAAACUUGCUUCAACGUUUACCCAAAUUUAUUGGCCAAUAUCACAUUUGUAUGGCUAAUGAACCAAAUACUAAUGCACUAUGUAAAACCUUUUUAGUCACAGCAGCAGAACAAUUUCAGGUCUCCUUAAUAACCUCAGCAGAAGUUUAUCAAGCAGCUUCAGGGGUUUUAGUAAAGUUUUU